CUAAAGUGGAAAGUUACGAAACAAUUAAGGAAGAACUGAGGUUGACAAUAGACAUUCUUUUUUGAGAAUUUGCCAACUACUAGGGCACAGUCCAGUAGUCAACUAGCCGAGUAAAGGCAAAGGCAAAAGAAGCUCUCCGCUCUCAAAUCAAAACUUCAAGUCCUCAGAGAAAGAAAAACCGAAGAAAAUGGAAGACAUUGGAAGAAGAGCAACUGAAGAAGAAGAAGGUCCGGCAAUUGGUAUCGAUCUCGGAACCACAUACUCUUGCGUUGGAGUUUGGCGCCCACAACACGACCGUGUUGAGAUCAUCGCCAACGAUUUAGGAAACCGUACUACGCCGUCAUGGGUUGCCUUCACCAAUACCCAACGUCUUAUUGGCGAAUCUGCCCAGAACCAGGCCGCAAUGAAUCCCUCCAAUACCAUCUUUGAUGUGAAGAGGCUGAUAGGUAGAAAAAUUGGUGAUGCUGCAGUGCAAAGUGACUUAAAUCUUUGGCCGUUUAAAGUCAUAGCUGGACCUGAUGGUGGCAAUGGAGCAAAACCUAUGAUAGCCGUGACGUACAAGGGUGAAGACAAGCAAUUUUCUGCUGAAGAGAUAUCUUCUAUGGUCCUCCAAAAGAUGAAGACUAUUGCAGAGGCUUACCUAGGCAAACAAGUUAAAAAUGCUGUUAUUACUGUUCCUGCAUACUUCAAUGAUGCCCAGCGCCAAUCAACAAAAGAUGCAGGUGUCAUUGCUGGACUUAAUGUGUUGCGUAUCAUUAAUGAGCCCACAGCUGCUGCAAUUGCCUAUGGUCUUGACAAGAAAGUAGGAACUGGGAUUGGUGAUUCUGGUCGGAAGAACAUAUUGGUUUUUGAUCUUGGGGGUGGCACUUUUGAUGUCUCCAUUGUCACAAUAGAGAAGGAUGUGUUCGAAGUCAAAGCAGUUAAUGGGGACACUCACCUUGGUGGAGGAGAUUUCAAUAACAGAAUGGUGAGUCACUUUGUAGCUGAGUUUGAGAGAAAACACAAAAAAGACAUAAGUACAAGUCCUAGGGCUCUUGGGCGGCUGAGAGCAGCUUGCGAAAGGGCCAAGAGAAAUUUAUCUGCAGCUACUGAAACGUCUAUUGACAUAGAAUGCCUCUUUGAGGGCAUCGAUUUCUCUUCGAUCAUCACCCGUGCACGAUUUGAAAAAAUGAAUUUGGAUCUGUUUAAGGAUUGCAUGGACCCAGUUGAGAAGUGUUUGAAGGAUGCCAAAAUGAUGAAGAGUGACAUUCAUGAUAUUGUUCUUGUGGGUGGGUCUACCCGAAUACCAAAGGUUGAGGAAUUGUUACAAGAACUUUUCAAUGGAAAGAAGCUCUGCAAAAGCAUAAACCCAGAUGAGGCUGUUGCUUAUGGAGCAGCGUUUCAUGCUGCAUCCCUGACCGGUGCUGCUUUCGGUCUGAAUAAUGAUGUUGUGCUGGUGGAUGUUGCUCCUUUGUCUCUUGGUAUUGAAACUAAUGGUGGUGAUAUGUCUAUUGUGGUUCCAAGGAAUACCCCCAUCCCUACAAAGAUAACAAAGAAAAAUUACCAAAAUGCAGUUGACUAUGCAACAAGGUGUUGUUUCAUUGUGUAUGAGGGAGAGAGGCCCUUAGCAAAGUACAACCACUUCCUAGGUGAAUUUUUCCUUAAUGGCAUUCCUCCAGAACCCAAAGGUGUCGCUAGGUAUGAUGUCCAUUUUGAAAUUGAUACCAAUGGCAUCUUGACUGUGUCUGCAGAACUAGUGGGAAGUAAGAACAAGAACCAAAUUACUAUUACCAAUCACAACGGGAGGCCGUCAAAGGAGGAGAUUGAUCGGAUGGUAAAAGAGGCAGAAGUGUACAAGGCUCAAGAUGAGGAGCUCAAGAAGGCAUCAAAAGCUAAAAAUAUUUUAGAGAAUUAUAUUCACUAUGUGAGGGAUACUUUGAGAAGCUGUCGAAAAGGUGUUAGCGUGAAGAAGAUGAUAAUUUUGAAGGAUGCAGUUGAGAAGGCGGAACAAUGGUUAGAGUGGAAUUACCUACUAGGUGAAGCUUCCAAGUUUGAGGAAAAGAUGAAAGAACUCAAGACAUUAUGUGAGUCUGUCAUAAUAAAGAUGCAGCUUCAGGGAAGUAACACAUGUGUAAAGUCUGAGAUCAUUUACACAUUGGAUAAUUUACACAUGUAAAUCCGAUGAUUCACUUAUCUGUAUGGAUGAUUUACAUGCUUUAUUUUAUUUUGGCUUCCACUAGUCCCAGAGUUUUGCAUUUUCUUUUAAUCCCUUGGUAGCUGAAGCAUCUUAAUGUGUCUUUUUUUUGCUGGAAUUUUUAUGUGUUCUUUAGCUUUUUCAAGCAUCUCUUCUGGGGAAUGUUUCUUAACUGCUGCAUGAAGCAGAAGAGGGCAUAUUCUUUUUAUAUGCUUCAAUGAAAGAAGAAAAAAGAAAUGUAGACUCUAACUUUCUUGUCAUUCAUGUAUUUAGAGAGUCAACUGGGUAUUGAAUCUCAAAAUAAUGUAGUUAUUAACAACCUGUUAUUCAAUCUGUCGUUCCUGAUUA